AUGCUAGCCCCGAGACAUAAAAAUAACAUUAAUUUAAUAGAAAAAGAACUCUGUGCUUUAAAAAACAAAUUCCAAAACGAUCAGAUCAUGUUAACAGAAGUUAAUAACUUAUCAUCUAGGAUUGAAAAUAUUAGUAGAAGAAAAGUUGAAUACAAGGACACUGACUUCGGCCCAUUCCUUAUUAUGAUAGAGAGUGACAAAGGAAAAGCAGGAAAUAUCCAUCCUAUGGAUAUUGGGAAAGUAUUUCAUACAAUGGGUACGACUGGAAUUAAAGAAAUUAGUAGAAAAGGCAUGAAUAGAAUUGGAGUAAUUUUUAACACCUCCAAACAGGCAAAUAUGGUACUAAAUAGUACAGAAAUCCUUGAGAAAGGAUUUCUUGCUUAUAUACCUCAAAAAAUGCUAACAUCAAGGGGUAUUAUUAGAGAUGUAAGUAUAAAUAUUUCAAUGGAAAACAUAGUUAACGACAGUAAAUUACAAAAAAACGUGAAAAUUAUAUCGGCCAGAAGACUUAACAGAAGAGUUUUAGAUAGCAGUGGGACCGUUACAUACGUUCCAACAGGAACUGUACAACUACUCUUUGACGUAAGAACUCCCCCUAAAGAAAUAAUCAUAUAUUCAAACUUGGUAACAGUAGAUCCAUACAUCCCUCCUGUACAGCAAUGCUUCAAAUGCCUAAGAUUUGGGCACUCACAAAGACAGUGCAGGGGAAAAGCAAGAUGCCCGAAAUGUUCCGAUGAACAUACAGUACAAAGCUGCACAGUUUCUGUACCAAAAUGCCUAUACUGCGAUCUUGAUCACCUUGCCACAAAUAAAAUUUGCAAAGAAUUCGAAAGACAGAAAAAGAUAAAUGAAGUAAUGGUCUUCCAAGAUCUCACCUUUUUUGAAGCUGCCAAGCUGUUUCCCCCAAUUAAGGAAAAGCCAGAGAAUUCGAGAAUGUUUCAGAGGAGAAGUAGGGAUUUUCCUUCUUUACUAUCCAGCUCACCCAGAGCAUUUACUCAAGCACUUCAAAAAUCCCCAUCCUCCACUCCCCUUUUCCAGAGUCAAAGUCAUGUGGUCCCAGUUAAAAGGAAAAAUAAAGUAUACUUCAUCUAA